AGGCGGAAGAAGCUGGCCAGUCCGAGGGUGUAGACGCUCUGUGCCCGGAAACAAGAUGGUCGCCACCUGGGUGGGGAAACCUUCUUUGAGGGGAGCUCCGUAGUCCGAUCCUUGCCCGGGGUCCCGCCCAGCCUGCCGGCUCGAGCUCGGGAUGAGGCCCGUUAGCCGCCGCACUUUGAACCUCGUUUAUUCGGUGCUGCUGCUGGCCAUCGUUUUCCUCUCUUGGGGAUUCGUGAUCUAUGCGUGCGCGGUGGUGUCGCAGUCAGAGCUGAAGAAGAAGUAUCCAGAUGUAAAAUUCAGCCACUGGGGCAUCUGACUUCACCUCAACCAGAUACCUUGUUUAGGACGUUAUUUAGCUCAAUAAAACCUAUAAUGAA